CAGAAUUCAAUUGCUAUUCUGGAAGAACAGUUUAAAGACAGUGAAGUCAUCAACUGUCAACAAGCAGGGAGCAAAGGUCAAGGCAUAGAGAGGCCCUCAUCUGAAAUCCUAACCUGUCAAGUCCACAUUCUAAGAUGUCCUUGGAAAAAAUGAAAGACCUCCACCUUGAUGAACAGAACCUGCAGCCAGAAACCAGGGAAGUGAAUGGGAUUCUCAUGUCCAAGAUGAUUAGUGAAAACUGGGACAAAAUCUGGAACUUCCAAGCAAAGCCUGAUGAUCUCCUUAUUGCUACCUAUGCAAAAGCAGGUACCACCUGGACACAGGAAAUUGUGGACAUGAUCCAAAAUGGUGGAGAUGUUCAAAAGUGCCAGAGGGCCAACACCUAUGACCGACACCCUUUCAUUGAGUGGACUUUGCCUCCACCCCUUAAUUCAGGUCUGGAUCUGGCUAACAAAAUGCCUUCACCUAGAACCCUGAAGACUCAUUUGCCUGUUCAGAUGCUUCCACCUUCCUUCUGGAAAGAAAACUCAAAGAUUAUCUAUGUGGCCAGAAAUGCCAAGGACUGCCUGAUAUCUUACUACUAUUUCUCAAAAAUGAAUAGAAUGCUGCCUGACCCUGGUACCCUGGGAGAAUACAUUGAAACAUUCAAAGCUGGAAAAGUGCUGUGGGGCUCCUGGUAUGACCAUGUAAAGGGAUGGUGGGAUGUGAAAGACCAACACCGUAUUCUCUACCUCUUCUAUGAAGACAUGAAAGAGGACCCUAAAAGAGAAAUUGAGAAGAUAGUAAAAUUCCUGGAAAAAGACAUAUCAGAAGAAGUUCUAAAUAAAAUCAUCUAUCAUACCUCCUUUGAUGUAAUGAAGCAGAAUCCAAUGGCCAACUAUACUACUCUACCCUCCAGUAUCAUGGACCACUCUAUAUCUCCUUUCAUGAGAAAAGGGAUGCCUGGAGACUGGAAGAACUACUUUACUGUGGCACAAAGUGAGGAUUUUGAUGAAGACUACCGGAAGAAGAUGGCAGGGAGCACUAUUACCUUCCGCACAGAGAUCUGAGAGCAGUAGGGUAGAGGAAAGUCCUAGGUUUCCUGACUAUAUGCUUUAGCUAUUUGAGUCUCAAAUCCUAAGCUGUUGCAUGGUUCUGUAUGUCCUAUGAUACUAUUUCAUCAAAAUGUAAUCAGACAUUCUACAGAAUGAUUUUGGUUACAUUAUGUGAUUAUUGUUAUUGAUACCUACCACACAACCAUGUACUUUACUGCACAUAGGCAAAAUAAAUGGAAUACCUUCACUAGUCUACAGUUGUCUUGUCUCAAGGCAAAGCUCAUGAAUAGAAAGACACACAGGAGAACAUGAUUUGACAUAAAGUAAAACAGAAAAGCAAAGGGAAUGAGAAGCAAACACUGAACAUAAACCAAAGGCUAAUUUUCUUAACAAUUGUCUUCAUCUGUUCUAUGACACUUUAACAAAACACCUAAUUUGUUUAAAAAGAAUAAAAACUACUUCUUAUG